AUGGCGUCUUCUCUUCCAACCUUUCCACGCAUAGUGUUUACGCUCAUUGAGCCAAUUUCGCUAGUCGUCGGUUUUGUUGGUGCCGUCAUUGAUCCAGCUUGGUUCAUCAAUGAGCAAGUACCUCAAAGCAAAGAGUUCGGUGCUUCUGGAAACAGCAUCAUAGUCACAUGGCAGUUAGGGAACCUCUAUUUAUUGCUGGGGUUUCUUGGUAUAGCGAUCCUGUCAACGACCAAUGAAACCAAGGUCGUCCGGGCAUAUCUCAUUGCUCUGUGGCUAGGAGAUGUCGGUCAUAUUGGUUUUAGUGCUUAUGGGCUAGGGUGGGAUAUGUUGAUGAGUCUUGCCAAGUGGAACGCCACGACUUGGGGAAAUAUUGCAAUGACGCACCGACCUGGUGAAGACACGACAUCUGCAUCUCAGUGUUGGGGAGAUAAUAUGCGUAGCACUCGAAGUAACGAUCCAGCGCCGGCCGCAAGAACAACACGUGAGGACCGUGUUUCCCAGACAAGGCCACCGACAUCAAUCAAGCAAAAUAGAGUAUUGCAGACAGAUCCAGUCGCCCGUCGUAACGCACCACUUUGGGCUCGAAGAGACUCCAGUAUUGCAACCAACCCAGUGAGGCCUGAUGAUGAAACCGAGUUUUUCGAGGAUGAGGACGAUAAGAGCCAGCAUGAAGAGCCUGAGAACCAGGAUGGAGCGGCCAAUAUACCGAGUGAGGAGUCUGACUAUGCUCCGGAAUUUGAUCCUGAGACUCUGAAGAACCUGAAGAUCUUGGAGCAAAGUGUUCCGGAUUUGGCCAGGGCCGCUGAUAGUUUGUACACGUACUUGCAGCAAGAAUCACCCGACGAUGAAGUUUUUCAAGGGUGCCUGGAUAUGAAGAGACGCGCUUUCUACAAUUUACGGAACGACUUCAAAUCGCUUGGACAACCGUGUGAAGGCGGCUUCGUUGAUUUUGCAAGCUUCAUAGCGGUAGGCUCUACGCAACAACAAAAGCCUCUCGUCGCUCAGAUCGCUCGCGUCAAUACGAUUAUAGCUUACGACGAGAUCCAUGAUGUUGAGGAUGGCGAAGCAUCGGAAAUCUUCACCUUUCUCGAAACGUUCAACCAGACUUUCCCUGAUUAUUUUAUUCUCGAUCCCGACAUGUUUCAGCAUCCGGAAGUCAUUUUGGAUCUGCGAACAUGGUUGGUCUUGGAGGCCAUGUCACGCACUGAAGGCGACAGCAAUACGAAUGAGCUUCUUGUCGAGUUCUUCUGCGAUCCCCAGAAAAUAGAGGAACUCGACAGUUAUGAGGAGCGGAAGAACUAUCCGAUGCUUCUAGCAGGACAAUACUUUCGCGAACUUGGCGCCAGUCACGAUGUUAACGCUGAUGAGCUCUGCUCAACGCGUAUAAUGGAAAUUGGUCACGCCAUCAAGAAGAAAGGGAAAGGCAGGGCAAUCGCGCAGCUGACAAAGAAAUAUCCUCUUGAAAAGCUACUCAUCAAUCUUCGUGCCGCUCUCGACGCAAUGCACAAAGUCUUGACUUACGAAGAAAGCGUGAGAGCUGGCACUCAGCCACCUCACCCUGAUCAACAGAUUAUAGUCGAAAGCCAGAGUGAUGUCUUUGAUUCCGAGUCCCAAUCUAUUAUUCGCGCAGAAACCGAGGAAGUAGAGCCCAGUCUCUUUGUGAAUAAAAGAUCACUUCUCGCUCUAGAACGUGGCAUCCGAGAAAGCAGUGCCCUCUCUCCUUUCAAUGAACAACUUGUCGAAGCUCGGUCAAGCGUGCCUCGCGACUAUCAUGAGGAUUCGAACGCCGACCUUAUGCGUGGCUCGUUCCCUCCUGCAAGUUCUUUCCAAAUGGUCUCGAAAGGUGGCAAGGAUCAGCAUCGAGGACACAAACGACCGCGAGAUCUAACAGUAGAAGACGAUGACGAUGAUGCUUUUGAAACUGAUGACCGCCGCGUAGAUCCAGCGAAACGCGACGAUUUGAGACGGAAAAUGCCACCACCACCCAGGCCAGAACCAAUCUCUCGACCUCCUCCAAGACGUGUCCCCGUUCCUACAUCUCCAAGGUCUGUGCAUCCUACCAUCGUAAGGGAGCCUCUUCAGGAAUCGACUCUGCAAGCGGUCGAGCGACCGUCAUCCUCCUCCAUAGGUCAUUUUGAAGCCCUUAAGAUAGCAGCAUCACAAAGGAGGAGAGAGGCACUUAUGGCAGAUCCGGAACGACAGGUUUCAAGACAGCGCGUUCCGUGGAGUGACAACGACUCUCUGUUACUCAUUGAAUGCAUUAAAGAAUGGGGUGUCCGCUGGUCAACGAUUCAAUCCCAGGGCCAACAUCUUUUUGAGCAUCCCCGAAACCAACAGGCCUACCGUGACAGAGCACGCAACAUCAAGACUGAGCUUCUCAUUCUGGACAGGGUUCUACCCCCAAACUUUAAUGACGUGGCUUUGGGGAAUAAGGAAAUCGUCAAGAUCCAGUCUAUUGGCAAGAACCCUUAUCGAAAGGAGGAGGAUAUCGAUGCAGAUGGCAACCCUGUAAAUACUGAGCUUAGGUGA